AUGUCCGAUAGGGACGAAUUUCAAUCAUCUGCGCAUAAUGGUGAACAACAAACCUUGGACAGCGUUAUUAGCUUUGAUCAAAUUGAUCCUCCACCAUCACCGGAGGAUGAGCAGUGUUUGGAAUUGCGGAGAGAAUAUGAAAAUGAUGGGAUGAUUCGUACGAUAAAGGCUGUAUUACUGGGUUACCAAAAUUCCGCUGUUCACGUACUGGUCAUAAAAAGUAAAACUGAUGAAACACAAAACUGGUCGAAAUUGCCAACGGUAUCGCUCUAUCCCGAUGAAGAUGAAAUUGACGGAAUGAAACGAUUAUUGGUUCAGGUUAUGGGACUUACAGAGGAAAGCGCAGAAGCAAUUUGCAAAGUACGGCAUGUUGUUGCAAAGUGGUGGCGUCCCAACUUUGAAAAAGAAAUUUAUCCUUAUAUUCCUUCACAUAUCACGAAACCAAAAGAGAUGAUAAAACUGAUCGCCGUUAAUCUUCCUAAGAGUGCAGUAUUUACAAUUCCGAAGAAUAGUUUAUUGAUCGCAGCUCCGCUUUUUGAAAUCUAUGAUAAUGUAAAUGAAUAUGGAGCUAUUAUUGCAAAUUUGCCGCAUGUUCUUGGCCGCUUCGAAUUUAUCUACAAUCCGUGA